AUGGCAGCCUCUGCGGAUGGCAAAUGGAAGGUGGUGGGAGGGAAGAGCAAGAAGAGCGGAGACAAGAGGAGAGCGCUGGGGGAGAGCAAUGUCCCUCCCACCCUGGCCGCCGGCAACGCUGGGGUUCCCAUUAAGUCGUCGGUGUAUGAGAUGGGUUUUGAGAAGAUCAUGAAGAAGCAGAACAAAGAGCAGGUGCCGCCCACCACCAGCAGCACCAACAGCAGCAGCACGGAGCCGCAGCAGAACAAGAAGCAGCAGCAGAAUAGCGGGAAGAGUGCCAAGAGAAAUUCUGGGGGGAGUGCGGUGAUUGCCCCCGGGCAAGUUCCCCACUCUGGAGGAGGCACUCCGAGCUCUGGACCUUGCUGAUUUCCAUCGGGAGAUGGAGAAAAGUCAGGCUGUGUUUCCAGAGAAUCCUCAUAUCUGGGUGAUGGACUUAGCAAGCUACCUGAACUAUAAACUGCAGACUGUGAAGAAUGACCCCUUGCCUCUGCAGCAAUCUCACGAUUACCCCUACUGUCUGGUGAACAAGGAGCUAAAGAACAUGAUCAGAUCAGUGCUUUCCAAAGCCCCCUCCGUAUUAAAUUUACUGGUGGAUAAUUGUAUACGAUCAAUGCUGGAGGAGCUGGAGAAACCCACAGGUGACUCUGUUCACGGUUAUCAGAUUUGCAUCCAGGCUGUUCUGCUCGACAAGCCCAAGGCCGUGACCCUCGAUCUGAAGAAGUACCUGGAUAUGCUUCGUGCCCAACAAAGUAAACCGGCAAAGUGCCUGACAAUCAUGUGGGUUGUGGGUCAGACAGGAUAUGUGGACCUGACCGAGGGACUGAAAGUGUGGCUCGGUCUCAUGCUGCCGGUGCUGGGGAUCAAGUCGCUGUCACCCUAUGCCAUAUCCUAUCUGGAUCGCCUGCUACUGAUGCAUUCUAACUUGACCAAAGGUUUUGGCAUGAUCGGCCCGAAGGAUUUCUUCCCCCUUCUGGACUUUGCUUACAUGCCAAAUAACUCUCUGACUGUCAGCCAGCAGGAACAGCUGCGAGACCUGUACCCUAGGCUGAAGGUUUUGGCGUUCGGAGCGACACCAGAAAACACAUUGCACACCUACUUCCCAUCCUUCCUGUCCAGAGCUACGCCCAACUGCCCUUCUGCUAUGAGGAAAGAGCUUCUGCACAGCCUCUACGAAUGUCUGAACGUCGACCCUCUUAGCUUUAGUGUGUGGCGGCAGCUUUACACCAAACAUCUACCGCAGUCCAGCCUGCUCCUACAGCAUGUUGUUACUUCCUGGGAAACAACGUCCAGACCGAUGAAAAAGGCUGUGCGGGAGACGGUGCAAUCCUUCUGUGUGACGAAUGAGGAAUUCUCGGCCAAGUCUUCACAUUCAAAGGACAUCGAAGUGUGCCAGUCAGCAUGUCAGGCUCUGCUGCAAAAGAUGAAGGGUCAAGGGUUCCCCUGGUUCCGGCUCUGCCUCAUAGCACUCGUCUUCCUCUUUGGUUUUCUCAUCCACGAUGUCCGGACAAGUGGCUCCAUCCAAGCUUCCUCAUCGGUGAGAUUACUACAGCAGACAGGCGUGUUGUCGGCGGCGUCACAGCAGGCAUGGAGCAAAGUGUCACACUACGGCCAGCACGGGCACAGCUGGUUGCAGAGGAACGUUCCCCCCACUCCCAGGCGGUGGAGGUGUUGGGACCAGGGCUGGAAAUAAUAUGGGAGAAGAGCUGCAAUGGGGCCAUUUACGUUGCACAGAAAUUUUCAACGUAUUUCCUAUACUUAAAGGACAACCUGCCAGGGUUUAUUCAGUGGCUACAUGCUCAGAUUCCUGACUCUGUCCACCAGUUUGUAGAGUACCUAAAAGAGCUGCUGCUGCUCCUCUACCACAGAUAUAUUGUGCCCGCUACAGUGUAUUGCAUGACCGCUUUACAGACCGCAUGGCAGCGAUACGUUGACUCAUGCAACGGAGAGGUGACUUGGGACUGCACACGAGACCACCUGACCAGCAUCACCCAAUCUUCAUGGACAUUUGUCCAGAACACCACACUGGCCAUCAAAGACUGGGCUGUGGCCAUGAUAUCAAGUCAUUAG